CACCGCAAAAGAUCAGCAGUCCCAAUCGGCGCGGGUCAACGAGGAGGAAUCUACUGGGGCCUCGAGUUAUCUCUCGAGCCGCUUAUCAUCACCGAGUACACCGGUUAUCGGAAGAACAACGUACACCCGCCGCUUGAAAGGUGUGUUUCAUUCGGAGUGAAAAGCUACGAAUCCAAUUAUGGCCACAUCCGUGCUACGGUCUUGUACCCGCAAUAUGGCCACGGCAUCGAAAAUCAAUAACGUUGUGGUGGUCGGCGGUGGCCUUAUGGGUUCCGGCAUUGCACAGGUGGCCGCCGCAACUGGCCACAAUGUGACGCUGGUGGAGAUGAACGAUGCGUUGGUCGAGAAGGCGCUAGGGGGAAUCCGGAAAAGUUUGGAGCGCGUCGCUAAGAAGCAGUUCAAGGAGGACACGGUUAAGGGCAAGCAGUUUAUCGACAGCACGCUGGCAAAGAUCCGUGGCGCGACGCAACCGGAGGGCGCUGUCGAGCAGGCCGAUCUCGUGGUGGAGGCGAUCGUCGAGAAGAUGGAAGUGAAACAUCAGCUGUUUGCCAAGCUCGACGUUGCCGCACCGGCCCACACGAUCUUCGCGAGCAACACGUCGUCGUUAUCGAUCACCGAGAUAGGGUCGGUGACGAAGCGCCAGGAUCGUUUCGGAGGGUUACACUUUUUCAAUCCGGUGCCGAUGAUGAAGCUUUUGGAAGUCAUUCGCACCGAUCGCACCUCGGACGAUACGUUCAACAGCAUGGUGGCGUUCGGCGAACGGAUGGGCAAGAGUUGCAUCACCUGCAAGGAUACGCCCGGGUUCGUGGUCAACCGGCUGCUGGUGCCGUACAUGGCGGAAGCGGUUCGCCUGCUCGAACGGGGAGACGCCUCGGCCCGGGACAUCGACACGGCCAUGAAGCUGGGCGCCGGCUACCCGAUGGGACCGAUCGAGUUGACCGAUUACGUUGGCGUGGACCUGACCAAAAACAUUCUGCAGGGCUGGCACGAAAAGGAUCCCGAAAAUCCUCUCUACGUUCCGAUCAAGCUGAUCGACAAGAUGGUUAGCGAGGGAAAACUCGGCGUCAAAUCGGGCGAGGGUUUCUAUUCGUACAAGAAGUGAAACGAGGCGGUCGCCGCGAUCGUUGCACGAAGCAAUAAAGCACGCAUUUAAC